GACCCAAGUGCCAGGAUCCUUUCGGUGGUCGUGCAGACCAUCACAAAUCGCAACUUAACCGUCCGCCAGCUUAACUGUCCAGUCCUUGAGGGUGGACGUGGGGUCUAUGGUGUUAUCAUGGGAAUGACAUGUUUACAUCGCGACUGAUGAACUAAGAAUCCUUCCAUAGUGUUCUGGAGUCUAACUGUCGAAGUGUUUUAUUUAUUUAUUUAUUUAUUUAUUUGUGAUUGUCAUGAAGAUCUCCGCUUGCAGCCUCUUGCAUGAAGAGAAUGAUUUGAUGAAGAUUGCGUGAGUCGGGUUGAGUUCAGCUGGGGUGUAGGCAGAGUGAUUGAAGCACGCUUUAUUUGAUAUUGUUCGGGGGAUGGCGUUGGUCGAUUAUCAGUGAUGGUGUAGGAAGUGAAGAACACAACAAUGGGAACCCCUGUGGAGACACAGAACCGGUACGAGCAACUCAAAGAAUCGGUGCGCGUUCUUCGUUGCCAAGUCCGCAGCUCAUCAGGUGGACCCUCACGAAUGUCUUCUAGAGUUACUAACGUUACGACCAGGACCCCUUCUCCUGCGGUAACAGCAACAGAUCCCGAAUUUUUCGCAAGCACUCUUCGUCCUUCAACCAACUCUGGUGUGUCGGUUGUUGAAUUAAUCGAUCAGGAUCAUCCACACGAGGGGUUUUCCAUACAACACCUGCGGAUUCAAUUUCAGAUAGAGCUGCGGAAAAAGGAGGAGGAGAUUAAGAAGCUAAUCGCAAAUCAACGAGGAAAGUCGCUGCAGAUAGAGAAUCUCGAGAAUGAACACCGGGUCCAAAGACGGAAGCUAGAGAGUCGCAUUGAGCGUCAGUCAGAGAAGAUAUGUGCCCUCGAGGCCCAGUUGUCCAACAGGAUUACCCUUAAUCAACAGGAGCUGCAGGCACAAGCAUAUGCAUUCUCUGCCAAGCUUCGACAAUGUGAGGACGAGAAAGGCCAGCAAAUGGUUGCUGUCAAAAUGGAGCAUGCAGCUAUUUUGGCGUCCACAGAAGAACGUUACCGCGAAGAGCUCAGUCAAGCCCAGAGGAUAUUUAAUCUCAACCUCAAGAGAGCCAACGAUGCCGAAGCCAAAAUGGAGGAGUUGGAAGCGGAACUUGUGGGGUUGAGAAAGAUCAAGACUAACGCCGAAGAUUGGAUUAAGAAAAAGGAUGAGGGAUGUCACUCGAAGAUGGAGGGAAUGAAGGCUGUGUAUGAGGAUCAAUUGCGAGACCUUAGAUCCAGAUUCGAGAAUGAGAAAAAUGAGCUGGAACGAGUGAAAAUGGACCUGGCUAAACAAUACUCCCUCGAGUUGCAAAAUUACAAGAUGCAUAAGGCCAGGGAGAUAGAACAAGUCUCUGAACGAGUGCGGACAGCAGUGAAGAGCAAGGACGCAAGUAUAGCGCAGCUCAAAGAACAACUAGCAAAACAGCAGGAGCAGGCCUCAUUUUUGCUUAAUCUCUCGUAACUUAAUUGGAUUCAACGUAAUCGGGUGUCAGAGUUGUAACUGAAUCAACCGAUGUACAAGAGAGAAAGUGGAAUUGCAUGAUCUCCUAACCUA